GAAAAAAAAUCUGUCGACUCAUAUGUCAAGUGUGCAGUAAAAUAUGUAUAUUUAGUCAUCAGAAUAUUGAGACUCUCUAGUAAAUAUGGAAUGAUUAAGUAAAAAUAAACUCCAUAGGGUUUAGUUCACUAAAUCCUAUAUUUAUUUACAUUGAUGGGCCUUUUCUAUAGAAUAAUUGUUUAAGAGACCAUAGAUUUCUGGUACAACUUUUUAAAUCAAACUUUCUACAAAAAUGAAAAUCGUAUCAUGUUUUCCACUGCUGGCCUGAGGUAUUGCUUAGCCCAGAAAAUGGCAGGUUUCUUUGUUCUUUCUCAGUUUCAUAGCAGAACCUCACUAAUGCCCCAGAAAAGAGUCCUACUAAGUGCAGGAAUAGUUCAGGAAAGUCUUUGCAGUCCAGCCCCAAGUUCUGCUGCAAUGCCAGUCUCUGCAGCUUUCUGGGAUUUCUGUGCUUAGGGUGGAAGCCAGGGAUGGGAAACACUGUGCUGUGUCUCUUCACAACACUCUGUCCCUAAGGGAGCUGCUCCUGUCACUCAGGCAUCAGUAGCCAAUCAGGGCCUCCAGAUGGACUACCAGUCAGAAUAGGGCGGGCACUUCCGGUACGCCAUGCUGCAGGCUCGGCGGCUCCGGGACUGAGGGAGACUCUCUUGUUCCGUGUGCUGCGGUGUGACCCGCUGCCGGGAGCUGUGAGGAGAGCGGGGCGAGCUCGGAAUCCGCCAUGGAUACAGUGACCUUUGAGGAUGUGCAUGUGAACUUCACCCAUGAUGAGUGGGCUUUGCUGGAACCUUCCCAGAAGAGUCUGUAUGAAGAUGUGAUGCUGGAAACCUGCAGGAACCUCACUGCUAUAGGCUACAAAUGGGAAGACCAGAAUAUUGAAGAACAUUAUCAAAGUUCUAGAAGACAUGAAAGGUAUCUCAUCUGUCCUUCUGGCUACAAACCAUUUGAACAUAAGGGAUAUGGGAAGAAGCAAUGUACUUCUCUCUCUCCUACAACAGUUAGAAGAUAUGUCGGAGUGCCCACUAUGAGUAGACUUGGUGAAUGUGAUACAAGUUUACAAUUAAUUGGUUUUCCAACUAAACUGGGAAUACAUCAACAAACUCACACUGGAAAAAAGCCUUAUGAUUACAAGGAAUGUGGGAAUUCUUCUGUCUGUGCUGGUUCACUUUGCAAAUGUAGUGUGACCCACAGUAUAGAAAAAUGUUAUGCAUGCAAUCAGUGUUGUAAAACUCUGAGUUCUCCUAGUUGUGUUCAAAGAUGUUAUAAAACUCAUAUGGGAAGAGGAAGUGAUAAAUAUGAACCACCUACUAAAGACUUGAACCAUCAUUGGUAUCUUCAGACAGACAAAAGAACCCAUAAUGAAGAGGAUCUUUAUGAAUAUAAUCAACAUGAUAAAGACUUUAGAUCUGAUUCCUCUUUACAGUUACACCAAAGAACUCAUUUGGAAGUGGAAUCCUAUAAAUAUAAUCAAGGUGCAAAAGACUUUGAACAUUACAGUUGCUUUCAAGUACAUAGAAUACAUACUGAUGAGCAACCAUGUGAAUGCAAUCAAUGUGGUAAAGCCUUUGCCAGUUGCCAUAAUCUUAAAAUACCUGAAAGAAUCCUUACUGGAGAGAAACCCUAUGUAUGUAAUCAAUGUGGUAAAACUUUUGUAAGUCGCCAUAAUCUUAAAAUACAUGAAAGAAUUCAUACUGGAGAGAAACCGUAUGUAUGUAAUCAAUGUGGUAAAGCCUUUGUAUAUUUAACUAGUCUUCGAAAUCAUGGAAAAACACAUACUGGGGAGAAACCCUAUGUAUGUAAUCAAUGUGGUAAAGCCUUUGCUUGUCGUAGUAAUCUUCAAAUACAUGAAAGUACUCAUACAGAUGUGAAACCCUACAGAUGUAAUCAAUGUGGUAAAGCCUUUGCACAUAUCAUUUAUCUUCAAAGGCAUGAAAGAAGUCAUACUGGAGACAAACCAUUUGAAUGUAAUCAAUGUGGGAAAGGCUUUGCACAAUUUAGUCAUCUUCAAAAACAUUUCAAAAUUCAUAGUGGAGAGAAACCCUAUGAAUGCAGUCAAUGUGGUAAAGCCUUUGGAAGUCGCAGUAAUCUUCAAACACAUGAAAGAAUUCAUACUGGAGACAAGCCCUUUAUGUGUAAUCAAUGUGAUAAAGCCUUUGUAAGUCGCCGUAAUCUUCAAAUACAUGAAAGAACUCAUACAGGAGAGAAACCUUAUGAAUGUAAUCAGUGUGGUAAAGCCUUUGCACAUUUCACUAGUGUUCGAAAUCAUGAAAAAAUUCAUACUGGAGAGAAACCCCAUGUAUGUAAUCAGUGUGGUAAAGCCUUUGCAUGCCGCAGUAAUCUUCAAAUACAUGAAAGUACUCAUACAGAUGUGAAACCCUACAGAUGUAAUCAAUGUGGUAAAGCCUUUGCACAUAUCAUUUAUCUUCAAAGGCAUGAAAGAAGUCAUACUGGAGACAAACCAUUUGAAUGUAAUCAGUGUGGGAAAGGCUUUACACAUUUUAGUCAUCUUCAAAAACAUUAUAAAAGCCAUAGUGGAGAGAAACUAUAUGAAUGUAAUAAAUGUGGUAAAGCCUUUGGAAGUCACAGUAAACUUCAAACACAUGAAAGAAUUCAUACUGGAGAGAAGACCCAUGUAUGUAAUCAAUGUGGUAAAGCCUUUGUAAGUCGCAGAAAUCUUAAAAUACAUGAAAGAAUUCAUACUGGAGAAAAACCCUAUAUAUGUGAUCAAUGUGGUAAAGCCUUUGCACAUUUCACUAGUUUUCGAAAUCAUGAAAAAAUUCAUACUGGGGAGAAACCCUAUGUAUGUAAUCAAUGUGGUAAAGCCUUUGUUUGUCGCAGUAAUCUUCAAAUACAUGAAAGUACUCAUACAGAUGUGAAACCCUACAGAUGUAAUCAAUGUGGUAAAGCCUUUGCACAUAUCAUUUAUCUUCAAAGGCAUGAAAGAAGUCAUACUGGAGACAAACCAUUUGAAUGUAAUCAAUGUGGGAAAAGCUUUACACAUUUCAGUCGUCUUCAAAAACAUUUCAAAAUUCAUAGUGGAGAGAAACCCUAUGAAUGCAGUCAAUGUGGUAAAGCCUUUGGAAGUCGCAGUAAUCUUCAAACACAUGAAAGAAUUCAUACUGGAGAGAAACCCUAUAUAUGUAAUCAGUGUGAUAAAGCCUUUGUUAGUCGUCGUAAUCUUCAAACACAUGAAAGGAGUCAUACCGGAGAGAAACCCUAUGUAUGUAAUCAAUGUGGCAAAGCCUUUGUAAGUCGCAGUAAUCUCAAAAUACAUGAAAGCACUCAUACAGGAGUGAAACCCUAUGUAUGUAAUCAAUGUGGUAAAGCCUUUGCACAUAUUAUUUAUCUUCAAAGGCAUGAAAGGAGUCAUACUGGAGACAAACUAUGAAUGUAUUCAAUGUGACUUGCCUUUGCAAGUCACAAAAGCCUUCAAAAACAUGAAAGGUGUCAUACUGGAGAAAAACCCAAUGAAUGUAAUUGAUGCAGUAAAACUUUGCAGGUCAUUGUAAUCUUCACACAUCAAAGAAGUAAUAGUGAAGAGAAACCCUAUAAAUAUCAAUGUGAUCAUGCCUCUUUAUGUUACAGUCAUUUUCAAAGGCACAACAGGAUUACUCCUGGAGAGAAACAUCAUGAAUCUAGUAAAUUAAGUAAAGCUUCACACACCACAUACAUUGUUCUCACUGAGCUGUCUCACUGGUGCUCAAGUAAGAUUAGUAGAAGCAUUCUAUCAGUCAAAUAUUGUCUUUUUUCAAAUUGUAAACAAAUUGUCAUCCAAGGAUAGAGGAGUACAGAAUAAUUGCUAUUAUUGAAUAAUAAAACUUAUUUGAAGUGUCAACUUCACUUCUUUGCAAAUGAAAAUAGUAUUUAUCCCGCCAUCCAGUUUUUUAAUUGUGUUAGUUUAUUUUAAGGACUAAAUGCUUGUUCCUAACACUUGCUCAGAUACACACAUGAAUGGCAGAGAAUUGUCUUAGUGUGUGAAGGUCAUUGCUGCUAAGACUGAUGACCUGAGUUCAGUCUCUGGGAUACACACAUUACUCAUACCAGUUUUUCUCUGAUUACUACACUUGGGCUGGGUCAUAUGCACAGCACACACCCACACACAUCAAUAUUUUUGAAAUUGAAAUAAGAAAUUAGUGAGAUCACUCACCUGCUUAAGGCAUUUGCUCCCAAACUUGACUACCUCAGUUUGAUCUCUAGUAGUGACAUAGUGGAAGUAGCGCAUACACACUUGUAAGUUGUCUUUUGCCUAGCACAUGCACAACAUGGCACAAGUGUUUACAUACUGGUAAAAAUUUCUAAAGAGAUGAAAUUAACAAGCAAAGAAAAUAACCAAAAUAUUGAGAACACAAAUACAUUGUAGCAUUGCAUGACAUGUCACUGUUUAAUAAAAUGAUAGUUUCUGUUUUCAUCUUACAUUAUUUGUCUCUGAGUGAAAGAUAGGUCAUUUUAUAAACAUAUUUGAACUGGGUGUAGUGGUGCAUUUUGGAGACAGGCAGAUGGAUCUUGCUGAGUUUGAGGCUAUCAUGGUCCACAUAAUGAGAUCCUGGAUACUCAUGGCCAUAUAUUGAGAUCCUGUCUCAAAAAACCCAAAAGAAAAUUUAAGUAACUGUAACAUAUAUCACAUUAUAGAAUUUUCCUAACUUAAUCUGGCUUUAUCUCUACUCAACUAAACCCUUCAUUGUCUUCACUCACAUCAAGAGAACUAUUAAAAAUGACUAUAAGAAGCAAUGUGCAGAGUCCAUUCUCAGAAAUAAAGAAACCCAUUGAGUCCUUCAAUGACCAUGUAGCAGGGAUUUUCAUCACCUCCAAGUAAGAGAAGAUAGAAGGAGUCAUGGGACAUGUUCAUCUUCUGAAUUAUAAUGACAUAUUUGGGUCAUGAACAGUUGCCUCAGUACUUAUGGUAUAAGGUAUUCAAGCACCUUUUUGUUUCCUGGCACCCACAUCAGAUGGGUCAGAACUACUUGUAAUUCCAGUUCUAGGAGAUCUGAUGCAUUCAUCUGGCUUCCUUGGGCACCAAAUAUGCAAAUGGUGUAAAGAUAUAAACUUUUUAUAUAUUGUAAUUUUUCUAUUAUGAAACUUGAAGAAAGUCCUUUUAAGAAUAUGGAGUCACAUAUAUAUAUAUAUAUAUAUAUAUAUAUAUAUAUGUGUGUGUGUGUGUGUGUGUGUGUGUGUGUGUGUGUGUGUGAUAUAUAUGUGUGUGUGUGUAUGUGUGUGUAUGUAUACAUAUAUAUAUACACAUAUAUACACAUACACACACAUAUAUUCAUAUCUAUGUAUAGUUCAAAUACAUCUGUGAGAAAAACUACAUAUUGUAAAAAGGGCUCUCUUCAUUUUUUUUCUUUUUUUACAAAUUUAAAUAAAAAUUUAACUUAGGUAUAUUGUCAGAACAUGGUCCUGGAAUUGAAUCAUGUGAAAUUUCUGAAUGCUUAUGAGAAUACUCCCAAUAAUAAAAGAAAUGAGUCUUGUGACUUCAGUUUCCUCAAAACACAAAAUUGUUCUUGAAACUGUUUUGUGGCAGAUAAGAGUGAGUUUACUUCAGAUUACUAAUUAUUGCUUGCUGUUAUUCAAUUAAAUGUUUAAACUAUUCUUUAUAUGCCUGUAUGGAAAAACAUGUUUUCCAUGUCUGGCUUGUCCUUAUCAUUGUAUACAGCUGAAGUUAUGAGAACCUUAUUCUUAUGACCUUCUUAACACUUAAAUAGGGGGAUAUCUUUUUGUGUGCUGUAAAAAUAUGUUGCUCUGAUUGAUUGAUUAUUGAUCAAUCAAUUUAUUAAGCUGUUUGGCCAAUGGUGAGGCAGAAUAGGGUUAGGCAGGACAUUCUAACUAGAGAGGAGGAAGGAGAAAGGCAGAACAGAGUCUCACUGUCAGCCGCCGCUAUGAGAAGCAAGAUGUAAAGAUACCGGCAAGCUAUGAGCCACAUGGCAAAGUAUAAAUUUAUAGAAAUGGGUUAAUGUAAGUUGUAAGAUAUAGCUAGCGAGAAGCCUGAGCCAAUAGGCCAUACAGUUAAUAAUUAAUAUAAGCCUCUGUGUGUUUACUUGGGUCUGAGCAGCUGCAGGACUGUGAGGACAUGGGAGCCAGCUGGGCACAGGAAAACUUUCAGUUACAAGUAUGAAGUGUGUUGGGCCAUGAAUAAAGUUGUCUAUGGUGUGAGA